AAUUGCAGUCAUGCAAUCAGUGUAUGGUCGUUUGACCACGGUGAAUUGUAUACGUCUACCAAUACUACGUUUGUGUUACCUACUUCAACGCAUCAUGGAGAGAUCAUUCAGCUUCGCAGACGAUAAUGUAAAUACCUAUAAACAGUAUUACUACUCGCCUCUUUCUCCCCAACACGAAGAAGAGAGUGAUGACAUCGUUGUUAAUAACACAGGCGAUGGUGGAAAAAGGAAAUCGCAACCGAUUGAUACAUUUUUUGAAGUGGCACCAAAAAUAAAAAGGAGGAAGCUGCUAUCGUCGACUGUGGCACGAGCUGUUAAAGAUGGCGUAUCAUACAUCUCUACAAAUUCUGACGACGGAGGCCAAGCGACGCAUCUCAUAAAAAUUGAAAUGUAUGAUAUGAAGAAACUAUCCAAGAUUCCAACUAGUGAUCACUGGAAGCAUGCUACCACGAGGAUUAAAUAUUACGUAAAGAAUUAUAAGGAUAGCAUUUACGACAACACAAAUGGUCUCGUAUACAAUAUUACAAAGACAAUAGCAGAAAGUGAAAAAGUAAAAAAAUACUUUUUUAACAAUGACAGUCACUCAUUAGUGGACUAGUCAUAUUAAUACAAAUUAAGGAUUCUAAAGAUGUUUAUAAACUAAACAUAGAUAAACUAAUAGUAUAUGUUAACUAAUGAUAUAAAAGUUUGUGAUGAAAUGGAGAAGCGUGAACUGUUCGAUUCAUCGUAUGAUGAUGCUCGGAUACUCUCUUCUCUACUUUAAUUAUAAGUAGUAUAUUGUAGAAGAUUAAAUGGGGAAGGUUUAUAAAUAAAUAAAAAAUAGUACAUUGCAUACAUU